AUGAAUUUCAAAAACACAUUGUGGGGUAUCUGGCAAUGUUUAAAGCUGGCUUGGAGCGAAGGACAUCGUCGGAUCAUCAUUGAGUCGGAUUCAGCGGAAGCAAUUUCGGCUUUGGCAAAAACAAACCCACUGCACCCUCAAUUUAAUAUUUGUCAAGAAAUUUGGGAGCUAAUGGAAAGGAGUUGGGAGUGUGACCUUCAACAAAUCUGGCGGGAAGUUAAUGUCUGUGCUGAUAUGCUUGCAAAAGGGGCCCUUGGUAUGGAUGCUGGCAGGGAAUAUCUGGUAGAUGAGCCCUCUGUUCUGGCUACGGCUUUAGAAAGUGACAUAUUGGGGAUUGGUUCUUCUCGUAGUGUUAUUCUUUAG